AUGUUCUUAGUUGAACAAUUUAUUGGAUCCGAACCAGUCGGGAAUUUUUCUGGCGACAUCCCCGAGGAAGUUGAGUCAAACCCCGCUGAACUAGGGUCUCAAUCGCCUUCACUUUCAACUUCAACUUCUGAUGAUCCCGCCGACACUCCGGACUCUGUCUUCUAUGCACAUAUGCAGUCUGUGAAGCGACGACAAAAUGAGAAUUUGCACAAAGAACUACUGGCUGCCCAGAAGGCGGAGGCACUUGCCACACAGAGGGCUCUCAAAUCGCGGAAUACUGUUCUCAACCAACUUGUCGAGGUAGGUGGACUUUGA